AUGAUGAAAUACUUGACUACUUUUCUUCUAAUCGUUACUUUUGAUAAGACUUUUGUUAAUGCAGUACCUGCAUCAGAAACUAAACGUUUUACUAAUCCCGAAGAAAUGGGUGGUCAUUACCAAGGUGAUAUGGUUGUUCCUAAAGAUGCACCGCGAGGAGCAGCGAGUCGACCAUCUUGGCAGCGAUGGCCUAAUGGUGUUAUUCCAUAUGAUAUGACAUCAUCAAUUUUAUCAAAUCAUUCAGCAUUAAUCGUCGAUGCAAUGGGACGAAUGGAAGAUUUAACAAAGGUUAAUAACCGUAUGUGUAUUCAAUUUCGACCAAAAACUGAUGCUGAUCCAAUAUUUAUAACUAUUAAAAACGGCACUGGAUGUUCUGCUCAUGUUGGUUAUCUACAAAACUUUACAUUAAAUCGUACUCUAACAUUAAUGUAUGCACCACCAUAUACUUGUAUGAUAACAGGGAUCAUUCAACAUGAACUUCUUCAUAUAUUAGGAUUUUUUCAUGAACAAUCUCGUCCUGAUCGUGAUGAUUAUGUUUCUAUUCAAUGGGAAAAUAUCAUUAAUGGUUUGUUUAAUCAUAAUGAAGAUGAUAUUGAUACUCUUGGAUUACCGUACGAUUAUGGAUCUGUAAUGCAUUAUGAAGCAAAUGCGUUUACUUCAAAUGGACAGCCAACUAUUAUAUCAAAAAGAAACCUUACAACACCAUUGGGACAACGAGUUGGUAUGAGUUCAAUAGAUAUUGCUGAAGUACAGCGAUAUUACGGAUGUUUAUUAGCUCCAACAACAUUAUCAUCAUCAACUUUAAUACGCCCAACAACGACAAAAUCAGCAUCGUUAAAUCUUAUCGCAUCAAUUAGUCCUGAUGCAUCACGUUCGUCUCAUGCUCUUAAAAUUUGGUUUACUUUAAAAGAACAUGGGACAAUCAAAUUAGGACUAAAAAUUGCGGGAAAAUGUCAACAAGCUCAACAUUUAGUAUCACUUGUAGUAAAAUAUGCUGAUGAGGGUAAAAAGAGUCCACAAGUAUCAGCUAUUGGUUUUGGUUUAAUGGGUUUAUUAAAAAUUUCGGAAACAACUCGUUCUGACGAAAAACGUUUCAAAAUUCUUGACCGGAAUAUCGAGCUUGGUUGCGCUUAUUUUAAUGCAGCUGAUAAUUAUGGUGACAAUUAA